AUGCUGGGCCUCGGAGCCACUUCAUCUUUGCAUCUCAACACCAUGGAACCAUCCCUUCGUAUUGUGCCCGCGUCCGCGCCGAAAUCGGCCUCUGUCAAAGAAACAGCGAACAGCUUCGGUCUGCAUGAUACUUUCAGGUAUGGGCCUCGUACCAUCGUCGCAGAGGUCUCAACGAAAGGUGGACUUAAGGAGCGAUUGGAGAACUGGGAAGAGACGCAAGACAAUCUCAAACUUACGUUGAAUCGUGGAAUGUACGGUAUCCAUAUGCCCAUGCGUCUACUCAUGGAGCGUAAGAUUGUGGCGCAUAACCCACAUAUGCCCGCGUUGCAUCAAUCAAAUGUCCAUCUAGAUAUUCUCAUGGGCCGAGACGACACUCUUGAGCCUGCAGACUUUAUGAUGCCCUCUUCGGCGACUGCGCAAUCAUUGGACAUUCACGCCGACAUGGAGAAGAAGCUGCGCAUGUAG